GUCUUGAUAGUAUUUGAACACGAACAUUCGCCUUCGCACUACAGAGUCCACUUCAUCGCCAUCUGGAGUCAUCUUUACAACACACUCUUUCUCAGUUAACAAUCAUGAAGGCUUCUAUUAUUACCACUCUGCUUGCUCAGGCUCUUGCCGUCAGUGCUUUGCAGAAGUACUGCAACGGUGGACAAGGUCUCGCCAGUGGAAACACCUGUGAGGGAAAGGGAGCAAACUCUUAUUGCUGCCUCAACGUACAAUCAUCAGCGUUCCCCACUUUCCGCGGAUCAUGCUUCUCCCCCCAGAGCAUUCGUGAUCGGGAGGAUGUCAGCCAGGACUGCCCUGGAGGUUCUGUCUACUGCUGCGACUAA